AUGGGAAUCAUCUUUGUCUCUCAGACAGGAGUCGGAGUCCUAGGAAACAUCCUGCUCCUUCUCUGCUAUGGCUUCAUUUCCUGCACUGGACGAGGGAUAAAGCACAUGGAUUUGAUUCUCCAUAACCUACUUGUAGCCAACUGCUUGGUUCUUCUCUCGAGAGGCAUUCCUCAGACCAUGGCAGCUUUGGGGCUGAAAUAUUUCAUGGACGAUUUUGGAUGCAAACUAGUUUUCUAUGUUCAUAGAGUGGCCAGAGGGGCAUCUCUGAGUGCUACUUCUCUCUUGAGUGGCUUCCAGGCCAUCACAAUCAGCCUUAGCAGCCCUCAGUGGAUGGAGCUCAAGGUCAAAGCCCUCAAAUCCUUUCGAUUAUCCAGUCUUCUCUGCUGGCCCCUUCACCUGUUGGUAAAUAGUAUGGUUCCUAUGUAUAUUACAGCGACAGGGAAGAGCAACAACCUCACAGAGAAAAAGGACUUAGGGUUCUGUUCUGGCAUAAUUAGUGACAGAAAUAUAUCCUUAUUGUGUUCCAUGAUGUUUUCCUUCAUUGACGUCUUGCAUUUGGUGUUAAUGAUUUGGGCCAGUGGCUGCAUGAUGUUCAUUUUGUACAGACAUAAGCAGAAGGUCCUGCACAUUCACAGCAAAAGCCUCUCUCCCAAAUGCUCCCCAGAGUCGAGAGCCACCCACAGCAUCCUGAUCCUAGUGGGCACAUUUUUCUGUUUCUAUGCACUGUCUUCCUUCUUUACUUUCUAUAUGUCCCUCUUUGAUAAACCCAGCUGGUGGCUGGUGAAUACCUCUGCCCUUAUGGGUUCAUCUUUCCCCUGUGUUAGCCCCUUUGUGCUCAUCAGCAGAGACCCCCGUGUCUCUAGGCUGUGGUAUACCAGUGGCACAAAGAUCAAUGAUUUUCGUAAACGGGUCAGCAUGAAAAUCCAGAAUGCUGCAUACUGUCCUUGUAUCAGGUUACCCUUCCAUAUUUUACAUUUGCUAAAUCAGUUAGUGGAUAAGAUCAAAACAAGAUAG